GAUGAACCUUCAAUAAGAGUCUUACAUGACCUCCAUUGUGAAAUCAGGACUCUGAAGGAAGAAGUUAAUGCCAGUCUUGGUAAGAGUUUUUCUGAAAAACAAGCAAUUCAUGACUUUAUGAAGGCAAGUGAAAUACUGAUGCAAAGAAAUGCAGCAGAUCUUGGAAAAAUAAGAGAGCUGUUCCAGAAAUAUGGCUACAAACCACAUUUCAAAGACCUUACAGAAGAGAAGAAAGAAGCUGUUAACAGUGAUUCAGUGGUGUCUGUCCAGAGCAAAUCUGAGGAAGAAAAAUCAGAUGAUGUGCCUCAGCUUCCUGCUUCUGCUGAGAAGCCACUGGUGCCCAAGGACCCACUGCGUAACCCCCAGCUUGCUGAUUUUGGCCUUUCACAAUAUGCUUUCUCCAGGCCUUGGAGUGCAGUGAAAGGGCAACAUGCAACGAAUGUACCUCAAGAAAAUGCAAGCAGCAGGACUCCCGUGAAAACACAGACCCCCCAUACUUUGCCAAAAACACCAAAAUGUGUGCUAAAGAUGGAUGAUUAUGAGUGUAUAACACCAAAACUUGAACACUUUGGCAUUAGUGAACAUACCAUGUGUAUGAAUGAAGAUUAUACUAUGUCACUUAUUCGUAAAACCGUUCAAGCAAGCAAGUUGGUUAAAAAAGAUGGUAAUGAAGUGAAUAUACCAGAAAUGACAGCCAGAAAAAUCACUCCUCAGCCAAAACAAAAAGUGACAACUGAGAAUGCACCUGACUGGAUGACUUCUCCUAUGGUAUUGGUGUUCUGUACUCCUGAGGUGACUAUCUCUACCAGAAAAAACAGUAAAGCACAAUCAAGGUCACCAGAGCCAAAUGAACUGCCUUUUCCCAGCCACACCAGAACACCACAGGUUCCAGAUUUUGAAACAAGAUGGCUAAAAACUGAAGCUAAGGUACAGGUGGAAAAGAUUGAGUCUGUGACAAAGAAUGAUGCAACAGACAAUAACCAAUACAGAGGAAAUAACCUUACUUUUGCUGUGAGCUCUGAUGAGUACCUUAAACAUUUUGGAGACCCUUCUCCUCCUGAAAUAAAACACUAUGACCAGUUACUCAAUACUCCUCCACCUCCAGAAAUAACAAGGAUACCAGAUGAUAUUCUACAGAUUCUGUCCAAGUAUAACCAUAAAGCAGAUGCUUCUAAAGCCAAGGAAACAGAGACAAAGGGAGGGAAUACUACAAGAUAUGAAAGUGACUUCACUGAUUACUGCAACAAAGAGAACAGGCUAACCACAAAGCUCUAA